GCGUAUCAUAUGUCAACCUAUUGUAAAAAUGGACGCAUUAAAGUGGUUUCUUGCACUAAUUACAGUCGUUGCUUUAACCCAGCCAGCGACUUGUAAGAAAAUCAAGAUUCUAUCAGAUUUCACAACUUUUCAAGACAAGGAAUUCUUUAAAACGACGUUUCCUUGGAUAGCACAUAACGUUGGGCCCAAACUCCGUGUAAAAUACUUCUUGAAAGAUGAAAAAGAUGGCGGAAAACACAUGUGCGUAUUGGAGAACUUGAAACGUAAUCUUCUACUUCAAGCGGAUUAUAUGAAAUGUGAGGCUAAUGGCGAAAAAGACUGCUUGAAAAAACUUCCACUGGAUCAAAGGAAACUCGACAAAUGUAUUAGGAAGAGCCACAAGAAACAAAGAUCUGCCGAAAAGCAAUUUAGAAAAUAUAGUCCCAGUGAAACGCCAGUAAUAAUAAGAGGACGGUCUCAACAAACUGUGCAUGAUCCGAAAACUGUGCUGUUUAGUAUUUGUGAGAUGUUUGGAAGAAAGCAACCUGAGGGUUGUAGGAAUCCCUCUGAGGCCCCAGUACCGGCUACACCAUCUACUACCGAAUGCACACAACCCUCGACGAAGCUUCCCACAGAAUUAUCAACCGAUCCUGGAACCACCGAAAAACCAAGUGAAGCAACCACUCAACAGUCAAGUGAGGCAACUACUAUUCAGCCAAGCGAAAUCACAACGGAGCCACUAGUAGGGAGCACAACGGAGCCACCAAUAGCGAGCACAACGGAGCCACCAGUAGCGAGCACAAUGGAGCCACCAGUAGCGAGCACAAAGGAGCCACCAGUAGGGAGCACAACGGAGCCACCAGUAGCGAGCACAACGGAGUCACCAGUAGCGAGCACAACGGAGCCACCAGUAGCGAGCACAAUGGAGCCACCAGUAGCGAGCACAACGGAGCCACCAGUAGCGAGCACGGAGCCACCAGUAGCGAGCACAACGGAGCCACCAGUAGCGAGCACAACGGAGCCACCAGUAGCGAGCACAACGGAGCCACCAGUAGCAAGCACAACGGAGCCACCAGUAGCGAGCACAACGGAGCCACUAGUAGCGAGCACAAAGGAGCCACCAGUAGCCACAACGCAGCCACCAGUAGCGAGCACAAAGGAGCCACCAGUAUCGAGCACAAUGGAGCCACCAGUAGCGAGCACAACGAAGCCACCAGUAGCAAGCACAACGGAGCCACCAGUAGCGAGCACAACGGAGCCACUAGUAGCGAGCACAAAGGAGCCACCAGUAGCCACAACGCAGCCACCAGUAGCGAGCACAAAGGAGCCACCAGUAGCCACAACGCAGCCACCAGUAGCGAGCACAAAGGAGCCACCAGUAGCCACAACGCAGCCAAGUAGUGAGCACAACGGAGCCACCAGUAGCGAACACAACGGAGCCACCAGUAGCGAGCACAACGGAGCCACCAGUAGCGAGCACAACGGAGCCACCAGUAGCGAGCACAACGAAGCCACCAGUAGUGAACACAACGGAGCCACCAGUAGCGAGCUCAACGGAGCCACCAGUAGCGAGCACAACGGAGCCACCGGUAGCGAGCACAACGGAGCCACCAGUAGCGAGCUCAACGGAGCCACCGGUAGCGAGCACAACGGAGCCACCGGUAGCGAGCACAACGGAGCCACCAGUAGCGAGCACAACGGAGCCACCGGUAGCGAGCACAACGGAGCCACCAGUAACCACAACGCAGCCAAGUAGUGAGCACAACGGAACCACAAUCUGAAAACCAAAGGUAGGCACCAGCAAACAACCAAAAGGAGCCACCAGCAGACAACUAAGUGACGCCACUACUACACCAAUAUACCUAUGUAUUCCAAUUUGAAGCGCAGCAACAUACGUAAUUAAUA